AUGUCAGCCACAAGACGUCUACAGAAGGAACUCGGAGAUCUGAAAGGUUGCGGAGUGCGAGCAUACGAAAAUGUUGAAUGCGAAGAAACAAAUCUCCUGAAGUGGACAGUUCUCCUGCUCCCGGAUAAGGAACCAUACAACAAGGGCGCUUUCAAAGUUGGCAUCACUUUCCCCGUCGACUAUCCUUUCAAGCCACCAAAGGUCGCCUUUGAGACAAAAAUCUACCAUCCAAACGUUGAUGAGGAGGGAAAGUUCUGUCUCCCAAUCGUGACAACAGAGAACUGGAAGCCGGCUACAAAAACUGAGCAAGUCAUGAUGGCGCUGCUCUCACUGAUCAAUGAGCCUGAGCCAAACCACCCCAUCCGCGCUGACGUUGCCGAAGAGUUCCAGAAGGAUCACAAGAAGUUCAUGAAGACUGCCGAAGAGCACACGCGAAAGAAUGCUGAAAAAAGACCGGAAUAG